UUUAAGUUGAACAACCCUUCAGUGGUUGCACCGUGCAUCCCAGUCGGAGCUGGAAACAGCCAAUCCAAUAUGUCAAUGAGCCCGGACACGUUUGUAGGCGUGUUAUUGCUGGACGCAAUCACCGAGAGGAGCAUAUGUCUGCAGUAUCCCCCAUUCUCUCUCUUCCUCUCUCUCGCUCCUACUCUCUCUUCCCCUGGACGUUGCCGCAUCCCACCGCUUUCUGUGUCAUUUUGCAUUUGAUACUUUGGAUAACUGCGCUUCGCCACAUGCAGUGAAAGCGUGAGCAACAAGUUUGCGGGACCGACAGAAAGCCACACUGCACGGAGCGCCUCGUCUUGUCUCCUGGCUGCAAGGAGAGGGGGGGGAUCUGUGUCUCUCUGUGGGAGACCAGCCACUUAGCUGUCGCUGUCACCCAAAACCCAAGUCCCAGGACGUGACGCGUCGUGGUGGCGCAGGCACACGGCACACACGCGUAAUUGCGCGCCGUCAUUUUGUUACUCAGUGGCCGAUGCAUGCGUGUAGGUGUUUUCCUCUCUCUGCAUAGUUUAAAGGUAGUUAUAGUUGCAUCGUGCGGACUGGAGCAUCUUAACUGCGUGCAGAAAUGGAGAGAGAAGCGCAUCAGAAGCGGCAGAACCCGCGCCCAGCGGUGCUGAGCGUCUUCUCGUCUCUAUGUUCCGUGGCGUCCAUGGCGUUUUGCGUGUUUCUGAGUAUCAACACGUCUGAUGUCACCCGCCGGAUUGUGGAUUUGGAGAGUAGAAUCGGCGAGCCCAAUUUGAUCCGUCCUGUGGGCUACUCGGUGGAUGAUUUUAACAUAUUGAUUCGAGACAGAGUGGACGAGCUGCUGUCACAGCGCUCCUAUGAAAACCUUGCGAAGAUUCGGAUUGCACGCCAAGCGGACACCACGGAGUGCAACUGCCCCCCAGGUCCACCGGGAAAGCGAGGAAGACGAGGCCGAAACGGAGAACCCGGAACUCCAGGCUCUCCGGGUACCCAGGGUGAAAAGGGGGACCAAGGCGACCAGGGGCCGCGGAUGGUUUUCCCUAAGAUCAAUCAUGGCUUUCUUUCCGCUGACCAGCAGCUCAUUAAGAGACGUCUCAUUAAGGGCGACCAGGGCCAGGCCGGAUCCCCCGGGCCCCCGGGGCCUCCGGGCCCCCCAGGACCCCGAGGACCCCCCGGAGACACGGGCAAGGACGGGCCCCGGGGCGUUGCAGGUGUACCGGGCGAUCCAGGAACGCCGGGAGAAGUUGGGCCGAUGGGUCCCGAGGGAGCCACGGGUUUAUUAGGACCGCCAGGGCUCCCCGGUAACGAUGGACAAAAGGGAGAUAUCGGAACCUCAGGAAUGAGCGGUGUCGACGGCUCCAAGGGCGAAAUUGGAGAGCAAGGUGAAAAGGGCGACAUGGGAGAGGACGGAAUGAAGGGUGACGGCGGGGAAAAGGGAGACGCUGGCUCCUCCGCUGCGGGCAUCAAGGGAGAACCGGGAGAGCCCGGAAGAGGAGGAAUAAAGGGAGAGCCGGGACUUCCAGGCCUGCCCGGACUUCCGGGGAUUAAGGGCGAGCCCGGCUUCUUAGGACCACAGGGGGAGCCAGGGCUUCCAGGGCUCCCAGGAACCAAGGGCGAGAGGGGGGAUUACGGACCCCCAGGCAAGGGAGACAAAGGAGAGAUCGGGACAGCUGGACCAAAGGGGUCACCGGGAGAGGCCGGCGUUCCCGGGUUCAGAGGCACCAAGGGGGAGACUGGAGACAAGGGAGUCUUCGGCGCUAUUGGCCCACAGGGCCCACCUGGACAGAAGGGAGAUCAGGGAAACACGGAAAUCAUCGAUUACAACGGCAACAUCCAGGAGGCUCUGCAGAAGAUUACCACGUUUACAGUCACGGGCCCACCCGGUCCGCCCGGGCCCCUGGGCCCUCAGGGCCUGAAGGGGGAUCAAGGGCUGCCUGGCCUGCCGGGACUUGACGGUGAACGGGGCUACAAGGGUUCCAAGGGAGACAUGGGGAUGCCCGGCUCAUCUGGGGAGAAGGGCACCACCGGCCUGCCUGGACUUCCUGGGACCAACGGGGCCAAAGGGGACCGGGGGGACUCCGGGAUGACGGGCGCCGAGGGGCCCUCGAUCACCGGCCUUCCAGGCCCGCUGGGGCCGCACGGACCCCCAGGACCCAUGGGUCCCCAUGGUUUUCCCGGACCGAAGGGCGACGCGGGGCUGCACGGGGCCAAGGGGGCCCGGGGCGAGGUCGGCCACAAGGGGGACCGCGGACCCCUGGGGCUUCCCGGAGCGUCUGGCUUGGACGGCAAGCCCGGAACCGGGGGCACGGACGGACCUGUGGGCCCUGCCGGACCCGCCGGGCCCAAGGGAGACAUAGGGGAACGAGGCACCUCCGGAGAGCCCGGUCCGAGAGGACCUUACGGACUACCUGGAUCUGCCGGAACCCCAGGCUUGGACGGCUUGAUUGGAGAGAAAGGCGACAUUGGGGAGAGAGGCGAAAAGGGGGAGAAGGGAAAGAAGGGCAAAAAGGGGCCCAAGGGGGAGAAAGGCGAACAGGGCGCCCCCGGAUUAGACGCCCCCUGCCCGUUGGGCCCUGACGGACUGCCCAUGCCUGGAUGCUGGCAGAAGGGAGUCACCCCCUGGCUGGUGGCCUGAGCCCCGCCCCCCAAGAGACGGACCGCCCGUUUAUUGAUACGCUUUUAUUGUGGCGGGGCCUGCGCUUUUGGUUUGAGCUACGACUCAGCAGGUUCUCGCCGUCACUCCCCAGCGGUCCAUAUACCCCUCCCCCCCCCUCCCCCCACCCCAACGGGAUUCGGACCCCAUCCCACCCCCAACCCUGACCUUAAGGGGGCCUGGAACCGUCCGCGAAUCUAGGAAGAUAAGGGGAGGAUUAUCCGACGUUGGGAAUUAUCCGAGGUCGUCUUUGUCUCGGACCGUCGGCGUGGCGAUGUCCGUGGAGGGGGGCUGAAGCUUCCCCCCUCCCCCCGACCAUAAGCAGGCGAGCUACAAGCUAGCAGACGAGCUAGAUUGCCCCCAAGCGGCUUGGAGUGAUGAUGGAGAGUGGAUUCCUGGAGUUCUCUUUCUCUUUCUCGAUUGACUCUCAUUGCCCUUACUCAUUGUUUAUAUCGGUCUGUAUCAUAGCCUCGGUGCCUCCAGCUUUAGUUAUUCAUUCCUUUAUUUGUAUUGAACAACGUGUAUUAUUGUUUUCAUAUUGUUUUAUUGGAGUUAUUCCAAGGGGCUUUCAACAAAAGCUUGUGUAUAACCCUUGCUAUGUAAAAUGUGCCACAGUGUUUUGAGAGGGGGGGGAGGGGUUGAUGCACUGACUUUAUCAUACACUGAUUUCUGUAUAGCUUUCAACACAACACGGUAAAGUCUCUUAGCAACGGAAAGAGAAGGUGGACAUUGACAAAAUCUCACAACACACAACGGUAUAUCUUUUUUAUCAUGGUAUGAAGACCAAACUGAUAAUUGCAUUCAUCGUUUCAGUUGUUUCAUCCUCCGCGAUUGUAAGUCGUGGUGGGAGACGAUAGAUAGAUCACAGAAUGGGACAGGGAUUUCACCUUUGAAACCAGGAACUGACCUUAUGUAACGUUAAGCUGUAAAAUACGCCACUGUAUUGCAGAAAUCGUAUCUAGACGUUUAUCAUGCUAUCGUGUUGAUAUAGUGAGCAGACACAAGCACCACAUUUAACGUAGAUUGACGUCGAUUUAACGUAGAUGUAGAAAAAGUGAUUGUAGGUGAGGGAGGGAGCACCCACACACAUACAUAUACACAUACAAAUAUACACGCACACACAGACACACACACACACACACACACACACCCACACACACGGUGAGGUAGGCUUCUAGUUAGCUACGAAACGUCUCGUAUCAAAUGAUUGAUGGUACAGUUUUUCAAUAUCAGUUUUGAAGCAUUGUGUUUUUUUUAGAUUUGGUGUGUGUGUUUUAAUGAAACGAAAAACCUGAUUGUAUCCAUUUGUUAGGAUUUGAAAGCAGUAGCAUAUUGCAGAAUUUGAACCGAUUUGAAAAACUAAACUGCUUUAUUUAACUACAAUCUACUACAUCUACAAGAAUAUGCAAUUAAAUCAUGUUUGUUUUUUUCACGUGUAGAAUAAUGAAGCUGAGAUGAGUUGUCGUGUGUGGUAGAGGUAGCUGAAUUUAACAUUCUGAACUGUGUCUCUAUGAUUUCUUCCUUGUUGUAGGUCGUACCGUAAAAACAGUUGUAUGAUUUGUAAUAUCUCAAUGAGAUAUUUUUUGCAACCUGCAUUUUAUAAACUACAGUCCUUUAGUUUGGCCAGUUAAUUUACAUUCCAUGCCAGGUGGAGCAAAACGAUGCCAUCAUGCUAUAUUUUCAUGUUUUUUUUAACUAAAACCUGAAUAAUUUACUUCCAUAUUCCCAUACAUGGGAGUCACACAUUUACACAGACAUACAAAACAUACAUUAAGUAUGCAAAUAUUAAGGACUCAUUCAUUCAAGGGGCGUUGUGUGGUAAAGUGUGACAGGGUGACGUUGCUUCAUGAUGUUUCCAUGUUCAUAAAGGUGUUUGGUCGUUCCACUUCGCAGGAAAGGGCAUCUGAUUACGGUUAGCGUGCUAUCUGUUAGCGUGCUAUCUCUUAGCGUGCUUUCUGUUAGCGUGUCUACAAUUCACUCAUAAAUGAUGUCGCUGAGGAAAAACAACAAGCAGAUAACAUGUUUUCUUAGCUCCCGUCGUUAUUUCUUAUCGCUUGUCAAACCAUUUCAAUCGAUUGUGUGUGCGUGUGUGCAGAUGCAUUAUGCUUGUUUCACUAUUUUAGGUGAUUCAUUAUUUAUUUUUCGAUACACGUUCUUAAUGGAAGCCAUCUUGGUUUCUAACAGGCAUUCCUUUCUGGUGGCAGUGAUAUCAUCGUCAUCAUCAUCAUCAUUAGUACUACAUUUAACCAGCGUUCUCUGAUAUUUCUGAGUUCAAUGUUUAAGUUUUUUUAACCACCCAGGGGACAUGAAUAAGGCUCAACAAGGUUCCCUAUAACGUAGUAGCCUUCAUUUACUGUGGUUUUUACUGCUCUUAUUGUAACUUCCAGUUGUCUACCGUAGAGGGCACUCAUCUGCUUUCAAGGUCAUACAAACAACAUCAAUCUCACACAUCUACCUGUAUCAAAACUUUCUCGCUCUCUCUCGCUCCUCGCUCUCGCUCUCUCUCUCUCUCUCUCUCUCUCUCUCUCUCUCUCUCUCUCUCUCUCUCUCUCUCUCUCUCUCUCUCUCUCUGUUGAAUGUAGGUUGAUAUAUGUACAGUAGUAUUUUAAUGUCAUGUUCAAAUAUGUGCUUGUGUGACAACAGCAACAAAAGAUAAAGUGCAUCUUAUACAUUUUGUUUUAAUGCGCGGUGAUUUGAAAUGCAGCUUGACUAAAAACCGGUCACUGAGUGUGAUCUAAUACGCUUGCAUUUGCCAGACCAGCCCUCUUGUGUUACUGUCCAGAUGUAAAAAUAAAGAUAUUUACUGUUAGGAAAGAAAAAAUACAAUAUUGCAAACUGUAAAUAUGGGUCGUUGAUGUACACUAUUGGAUUGAUUUACUUUUGCCUCGAAUAUAGUCGCUCUCUAUUAAUGUGUUCAAUGUUGUGUUUCUUGAGACUUUUACAAUGAGUUAAAUAAUGUUUGGAUGAUUUCCGUUCAUGGGUCGAACUCGUGAUGCAGUGAUGCGGUGCGGUUGUGUGCUGUAUCUUCAGCGCGUGCAGCUAACCGUCUUUACGCACGGAGGACGCACGGUCCUCUUUACGCACGGAGGACGCACGGUCCUGUCGGUCACGUGGUCUGCAAACGCUCGUUCUUUUACUUUUUUGUCAACUUUCAUUUCGGCAAGAAAAGAGACAUCCAACGUUAUUUAAAGGCAUGAAGGAAAAUUUAAAAAAUAACAAAUUGUAUGCCGUAUCUAUUGAUUAUAUACCAAUUGGUGAAUUGAUUGUGAAUUGACUUGUUUUUUAAGGUACUCAAACAAGUUGAAAUGUAUUAGGGUUGAUGUCUUUUCAGCCAUAUUCCUGUUAUUGAAGCCUAUUCAUAUAGAUGUACAAACCCAUGGAGACGCUGAACAUUUAUUAAGUAAUGAAACACAUAUUGAGCUCAAGGUACGAACUCCGAAUCCACCCCUGAGGUGACCAUCCAGUAUCCACACUUUCUUUCUUUCUUGUUGAUUUUUGCUUAAGAAAAUGAAGUUAUGCUGCUGUUUUGUUCUUUUUGUUUGCUUAUUCUGUAAAAUAUUAUUUCACUUUACACACAUGACUGAAAUGUCAUCACAGAUCUUAUUGUUCAUAGAUUUUUUUUCAUGAGCCAAAUAAACAGCCUUUCCAAUAUA